AUGAACUGACAAAUGAGCACGUACUUGCCGAAAAAAACCUCAAGAGAAAGGUAAGCCAAAAUGAUCCAGCCAGCAGUAACCGGGCAAACAACAAGCAAUAUGCUUCCAGAAUAAAUGAACGUAGAUAGCUGCGCCACUGUCUGAACUCCCGUUGAUGGCUUUCGCGGGCAUCCACGUUCGCUAUUUCGUACUCUGCGUCCAUUAUCGGCACACCUUCGCUCUCCUCCGCCGCAUCCCUAAAUUCCCUUUGUUUCUUUCAUCUUUCUCUGCGCCGGGAACUCUGAUUCUCCAUCCCAGAAACCUAGUUUUAAAUCCUUCUUCAGAUAAAACCCUAGUUUUCACGUCGGACGAGCGCUUCGGCCAGUCAGAUCCUAGGGGCGGUGAGUCGGAAGCGGAUGCGGGCACAAUCGCGGCCAUUGUAACUCCGGUCGGUGGCCCUCCUGCAGCGGUGGGAAUCGUUCGUUUGUCAGGAUCGACGGCGGUGGGAGUGGCGGCGCGAGUGUUCCGUCCGGCUGGGAAGCGGACGGAAGGGGAUUGCAUUUGGAGACCACGAAGCCACUUCGUGGAAUACGGUUUUGCUCUUGAUAAACAGGGGAAUGUCAUCGAUGAGGUUUUGGCAAUUCCUAUGCUAGCGCCAAGGUCUUACACAAAAGAAGAUGUGGUCGAGCUUCAAUGUCAUGGGAAUGAUUUAUGUUUGCGCCGUGUGCUGAGGGCUUGCUUGGAGGCUGGGGCAAGGCAUGCUGAACCUGGUGAAUUCACCCUUCGGGCAUUUUUAAAUGGGCGCUUAGACUUAGCUCAAGCUGAAAAUGUUGGGAAACUUAUUUCAUCGAAGUCUCUGGCUGCUGCUGAUGCUGCAUUGGCUGGGAUACAGGGAGGAUUUUCUGCUUUAGUCGAGUCAUUGAGGAUGCAGUGCAUCGAGUUGCUUGCAGAAAUUGAAAGUCGCUUAGAUUUUGAUGAUGAGUUGCCUCCUCUAAACUUGGGUACGUUGGUCAGCAAAAUAAAUGCUAUGUGGUGUGAUGUGCAUGAAGCAUUAGAAACCUCAAAUUAUGAUAAACUUCUUCAAUCUGGCUUGCAGAUAGCAAUCAUUGGCAGGCCUAACGUCGGGAAGUCGAGCCUUCUCAAUGCUUGGAGCAAAAGUAACAGAGCAAUAGUUACUGAAAUUGCUGGAACUACAAGGGAUGUAUUAGAAGCAAAUGUUACUAUUGAGGGUAUUCCUGUCACGCUGCUCGAUACUGCUGGUGUCAGAGAAACUAACGAUGCUGUGGAAAAAAUUGGGGUAGAAAGAACAGAAGCUGCUGCAAUGGGCUCUGAUGUCAUCAUAAUGACAGUAAGUGCAGCUGAUGGGUGGACAGAAGAUGAUCAGAGACUCCUAGAACGCAUCAAGAUGAUUCAGAGAUCAACUAGUUGUGCCACUCCUAUGAUACUUGUUAUAAACAAAAUAGAUUGCGCUCCUUCAAUCUCAAUGGAGCGUGUUGAUGAGAUGUUUAAGAAGAAAGUUGAAACAAGUGCUAUUACUGGGAAAGGCAUUUUGGAAUUGGAGAAGGCAGUGUUAGAGGUUAGGGGUCUGGAGCCCAUUUCAUUAGGAGGUCGAAGGUGGACUAUAAAUCAGAGACAGACUGAGCAACUUAUUAGAACAAAAGAGGCCCUCUCAAGACUAAAAUCAUCCAUAGAAGAUGACCUGCCGCUGGAUUUCUGGACCAUCGACCUUAGAGAAGCGGUAAUGGCGCUCGGAGAGAUCAGCGGCGUCGAUAUCUCCGAGGAAGUUUUGUCUAAUAUUUUUAGCAAAUUUUGCAUAGGUAAAUUUCCCUGCCUUGGAAGAGGACAAGUUCAAGGGAGGAAAAGAGGUAAAGUGAGGGACAAAAUUGAUGAAAAUCAAGAUUUCGAAGCAGCAGACCUACGUUUGCGUGCUCAUGCUUGCACCCGCGAACACUCAAGCACGCAACUGCUCACCCGCAUGGCUGUGCAGGUGUAUGCACCCAAGUGCUCAUGGUCACAUUCUAGCACCCUUAGAGUGUGCUUGCCUCUUCAUUUGAGCACCCUCGAGGAUGUAAGUGUACCCGCGACAACUCCUGCGCUCACCCGCAACGUAUUUGCGAGCCCGCACAUGCAUGUGGGUGCGCUCAUGCCUUUGCCCUUGCCCUUGCCCUUACCCUUGCCCACAUAUUUCAUAAUUUGA